AACUAACAUAUGAUAUAUAACGUAUCAGACACUGACUAUUCCACAAUGUAAUGACAUAUCGAUCUGAAACUUCCGUCCCUGGCAGUUGUAAUCAAUAACCAGCACAGUACAGAAACAGCAGGAACAGGUAGCAGGGCUUUAUGGCGAUUACCCUGCUGCGAAGUCUGCAAGCUUUGGAAAUGUCUGGAAGUGAAUCUACUGCCAGAUGGAAUGUUCCACUUAGUGAUGGUAACCAUGUGGUGGAAUUUGAACAUGGAACAGCAACUGGAAAACGAAUAGUGAAGGUAGAUGGGAAAGUUUUGGUCCACAGAGAUUGGAUGUUCAGAUUGGUGGGAGAUGAAGUUAUUAUGUUUGCUGGGACCAAAUUUGUCAUUAGAGUUGAUCCUAUACCAGGACUUAAAUAUUCUUAUACGCUAUGGGUCAAUAACAAAAGCUACAAGAAUUUUGUUCAGUCUCAGUCAAAGGUAUUGCAGCCUUGGUUAACUAGUGUUGGGGAUAAUCAAUACAGGGUUGUACUAGAUAAGAAUACUCAGGCUGUGUGGGUCAAUGGAAAAGAAGUAGAUGUCGAAAACGAAUUCGUGGAUGGUGGUGCGGAGAUGAUGUUCACAAUAGGCGGAGUACCGGCUGUCAUAAGAUCUUGUAGUUCGGGUCAGAAAAAUGUUGGAAUCAAUUACGUUUUAUAUUUGGAUGGCGUAGAAGUCAAAGAGCAAGAAUUAUUUCCUACAGCAACUGCCAAAUAAUAAAAUCAGUACAAAUUAGCUAUA